CUCACGGUAUAAAACCUCCCUCUAACAGCACCACGCACCGUGGCCACGAGGACUGUCUGCUUACCAUAGACUUGCGCAUCAAGUACUGGAGCCGAAGACGCUGCCAUACUAAACCACUUUGUAACCAUGAGUGAGAGACAAGGAUCCGGAGCCAUGACUGGCAACAGCAAAGCUUCUGCUGGACAGGGGCGCCAAGGUCGCCAAGAAACCCCAUCAAAACACGAGAAGAAGGAAGUCCCAGCCGAGGACUUUGACAUCGACAUGAAGGCCCCGGAGACGGAGAAGGCUGCCGUUGCCAUCCAAUCACAAUUCAGGAAGUUCCAGAAGAAGAAGCAGGAUGUGAAGUCCUAGAGUGGGCGGGGCGGGGCCAGACAGUCCCGUUAGCCGCUGGCUGGACCGCACCAGUUAGGGGCUUGGUUUUGCAUGUCAAAUGAAACUGCACCGUCAUGGACUCAACUGAGGGGUUGGGGAGGGGAGGGAAAAGAGGGCUGGGUGUUGAAGUGUCGGGGGGAA